UGAUUUUUGUAUUGAUUUUUUGUAAACACACUAUGAUGUCCAAGAAUCUUUUUAACUCCAUAAUUAGGAAAAGGAACCUAAUUAUAAAGCUGGAAAUUCGUCAUCAUUAGCGACAAACUUCUUUUUGCCUCCUCUGGAUGGCUUGUGAGGAGCUUGGUUGUCUCUUGGGGCUCCUCUGAAGGCACCUCUACCUCCUCUGCCUCUUCCUCUUCCUCUACCUCUUCUAUCGAAUGACUCGACUGGUUCCUCUCCGACGGCUUGGAAACCUACUUCAACAUCUCCUUUGAUUCCGCUCAUGGCAUAGGCUUCAUGGCUCUUAAUGUUUGAUUUAACUUUCUUGACACUGGUAUCAUUCUUCUGGUAUUUCUGGAUGUUAGAGACCUUGAUUUCUUCUGGCUUUCUGGCUUUGCCUUUCUUAAAUCCUGCUCCUUCAGCUCUCUUUUGUUCCAUGUACUCUUUGUAAGUCAAGUUGUUGACUUCUUCUUCAACUUCUUCCUUCUCAGGCUCUUGCUCGACGGUUUCUUCCUUGUUUUCUUCCUUAUCAGCUUCACCUUCGGCUACCUCAGCAGCGACUUCAGCAUCCAUGUGCUCUAACUUAUGAUCUUGGUUUGGAUUUCCCCAGCCGCCCUUUCCGGCGCCACCUUUCUUGACUUCUCUACCAUGACCAGUUCCGGAUCUCUUGUCGUAAUAUCUCCUUUGGUCAUAAUGUUCUUGUUCUUCGGCGUGUUCUUCUUGAGCUCCAGCUUCACCAGUGUGUUGUCUGUCAGCAAAUUUGGAGUAAGCAGCUCUUGGGCCUGGGUGAUGGGCAUCAUAUCCACCUCUACCUCUGCCUCUACCUCUGCCUCUUCCGAAUCCUCUCUCGCCUCUUGGUCUGUGCUCUCCUUCGAAUCCGCCUCUGCCUCUUCCUCUGCCUCUGGCUGCUCUUCCUCUUCCUCUGCCUCUAGUGCCUCUUGGCUUGUUUUCAGAGAAAUCGUAUUCACCUUCUUCAGCUCUUCUAGAACCGACGACAUUUCUAGUAUCAUCCUUGUAUUGCUUCUUUUGGGUGUUCUUGGUAACCUUUUUCUUGGACUCAACAGCCUUGUACUCGUCUUCGCUAUCACUAGCGAAGGCAGCAAACAUAUUGCUUUUAGACAUUUUCCGAAUGGAAUUAAAAAUGAUUAUAUCUCAAUUGUUUUUAUUAUAUAGGG